AUAAAUUAGUUGUUGUUGUUUAGUUCGUUAAGCUUGCAAUUGUGCGAUUUGUAAAUUAAUAAUUUAAUUAGAGAAAGUAAAAUGCACAGCAUUGGAUGGGCACUGAUUGUGAAACGUGGCUGCUUUUGCAGCAAAGAAACGCUUAAAAUCAACGGCUCCCGCUACAGAGUACGCGAGCGUCUCGCACAAGGUGGCUUCAGUCUGAUCGAUCUUGCGGAGAAUGCAGCAACUCGUCGGUGCUAUGCGAUAAAGCGAAUCACCUGUCACAGCAUCGAAGAUCAGAAUAUUGCCCUGCGUGAAAUCGAAAAUUGUCGUAAAAUUGAUUCGGAGAAUGUAAUCCGUGUAGUGGAUUAUGAGCUUAAUGGCCAGGCGGACAUUGUGAUAAACACAACGAGCACGUUGUUCAUUGUGUUGCCCUACUACAAGCAUGGAUCGCUAUCGGACCAUUUACAGCUCCGUGCCCGUAAACAGGAUCACAUGCCGGAGGCGCAAAUAUUGCAAAUCUUUUUGGGUGUUUGUGAGGGCCUCAAGGCCAUACAUGAGACGGAGCCAGUGCCCCUGGCACAUCGUGAUUUAAAAACUGCCAACAUAUGCUUAUCGGACUCCUUUGAACCAAUCAUUGUGGAUCUAGGCUCCAUGACCGAGGCUCGACUGCAAAUCUGUGGCCAAUCGGAUGCACAGCGACUACAAGACGAGGCCGAGGAGCGAAGCUCAAUUGUCUAUCGUGCUCCAGAACUAUUCACGGUUAAAACCUACUGCACGAUCGAUGAGCGAACAGAUAUCUGGAGUCUUGGCUGUGUGCUGUACGCCAUGUGUUACUUUAGCAGUCCAUUCGAUCCCAUCUAUGAGCGAGGUGAUAGCGUUGCUUUGGCCGUACUCAGCGGCAAUAUAAACAUUCCAGAGGAUUCCAUCUACACCGAGGACAUGCACGAUCUUAUCCGGUACAUGCUACGCAUCGAUCCCAUGGAGCGACCCUUCAUCUACAGCAUUAUCGAGCAGACACACGAUCUUAUACAGAAGUUAGAAGGUCGUGUGUAGCAGCAUGGAUCAUUUAUCCAACAAUUCCGACUCAAUCCUUGUACACCGCUAUACAUGUUUUUUGACUACAUUUUAUUGUAAUAUAUAUAUAUAUGCACGUAUUUUAUAAAACUUAA